ACUCGACCCUGCCUUUCACCACUCUCCUGUCCAGCACCUUCUCCACAACAUACUCUUCCUCAUCAGAUGAUGAGGAGUCUUCUUCGCGAGACUUUUUGCCCAUAGCAAAGUUUGUUGGUGGAACACUACGCUGUCGCAGGCCAAUGGCACUUUCCUGUACAGGAAAUAGAUGGAGACAAGACCGUUAAAGACUAAAUGGAUUAUAUUUUCCAGCCGACACAUUCGCACAUAUGACGUUGAUCACGAAUCAGGCUCCAAUUAGCGUGAGAUGGGCUCCGGUCGCACAUCAACAAAAAGCAUUUCAUUUCACUGGCGUUACUCCAAUCUGCAACAGGCACGACAGACUGACAGCAUGCUAUACUAAUAGUCUGGCUAAAUACAUCUAGGCGAUUGCCCCAUCGCUCAAAUGAGAGAGCGUUGUCAGAAAACGUAAUACGUGCACACAGGAAUUAAGAUACGAGGCUGUGUUUGCGGAGCAACUACCACAUCAAUGGGCACGAAAGGCAAACUUGCUUAAGCAGGUAACGUUAGCCGGCAAGCUAACGCCUCAAUGAGCUAACACUAGCUAACACUGAUACCAAAUCGAAAUUGUUUGAACGAUACACGCAGCAGCAAGAAUCACUUCGGUGUGUUCUCCAUUUCAUACCCUUUGGACGCGUAGAUCACCGGUCAGACCAGUUUACUUCGUCAAUAACGCGUUUCUUUUGUGGACCUGCUUGUCUUUGAGGCCAGCGCUGGAGCUACUUUAGCAUAUAGCCUGGAACGCAUAAAGGUGCUGUGCGCUUGCCUGUGCGUAAAAAGCGCGGGGUAAAGGCGCACAAUGAAGGUACCCGCCCCUAGGUCAGCUGAUGACCUACAUAUUUACCAAGCGGACGCGGUCCUACAACGACUAUGACUUAAUUCUGACAAAGUUUGGAACAAGUUUAUUGUGAUAUGUGUGUGCAACGAUAUAAAACGUAAGAUAUACCCGUGUGUAUGUUGAGGUAGUGAAAGGCGUACUGACGGUGCUCCAACGAGAAAGGCGCAGCUACACCUGCAACCACAAGUAAAACAUCGGAAUAAUUUAGGAUUGGUGAUUGUUGGUGCCUUUGCUCAGUACAUUCGUGGCCUCGAUUCGUUUUUGUUUUCUGACCAGACAGCAUCACACAAUACGCGACAUCUCACACAUUUGUCUUCCGAUCCCUUCAUGCUUUGAACAACAUCCAUUUUUUGUCGUCGUGGUUGUGAAAUGCACCGCCUCUCGCCACGUGAUUGGUGGUUAGUUGUGAUUGAUUGAGUUUGGACCAAUCAAGAUUCAGCCCAUGCAGACGACAUACUGCAGCGGGAACUGCCGGCCAAUUGCUGCGUGAAAGAGGUGUUUCCUUAGCUAUUUAUUCUACAGUUAGGAACCAGGCUCGUCUGACGCAGAUCGCUUUUCUCCGGUCAGUCCACAAGGAGUUUUCAAGGAUUCGCCUGCAAACAUGUCGAAAGAUGUCCCACGUGAACCGGAGCAGCUUCGCAAGCUGUUCAUUGGAGGCUUGAGCUUCGAGACCACAGACGAAAGCCUGCGGGCUCAUUUUGAGCAAUGGGGGAGCCUUACAGACUGCGUGGUCAUGAGGGAUCCCAACACAAAGAGAUCAAGGGGCUUUGGCUUUGUUACAUACUCAUCUGUGGAUGAAGUUGAUGCUGCCAUGUCUGCCCGCCCCCACAAGGUUGAUGGAAGAGUCGUUGAACCUAAACGUGCAGUUUCUCGGGAGGACUCGAACCGGCCAGGUGCCCACGUAACCGUGAAAAAGAUAUUCGUUGGGGGCAUCAAGGAAGAUACAGAGGAGUCCCACUUGCGUGAUUACUUCUCACAAUUUGGCAAAAUCGAGGUCAUUGAUAUCAUGACUGACCGUAAUACUGGAAAGAAGAGGGGCUUUGCCUUUGUGACCUUUGAUGAUCAUGACUCAGUCGACCGGAUUGUCAUCCAGAAAUACCACACAAUCAACUCUCACAACUGUGAGGUGAGGAAGGCUCUUACAAGGCAGGAAAUGCAGACUACAGGAAUGGGACGCAGCAGCAGCAGCAGUGGCGGCGGUGGUGGUGGAAGGCCUUAUGAAUAUGACAGAGGCUUCAAUCAGGGAGGCAGGGGUAGAUAUGGAGACGGCCCUUACAAUUGCAAUGGAGGUGAUGGUGGUAAUGGAGGCGGUGGCGGGGGCUAUGGUGGUGGUCCCAGCGGUCCUGGGGGAUAUAACAAUGGUGGCAACCGAGGAUAUAACCAAGGUUACAACCAGGGUGGUGGUGGAGGAGGAGGCAGCGGCGGUGGUGGCGGCGGUGGAUAUGGAGGAAAUGGCUAUGAAAGCAACGGCUAUGGUAACUGUGGUGGAGGUGGAGGAGGAAGCAGUGGUGGCGGAGGAGGAGGAAAUAACUACAACAACAUGGGCCAUUAUGACCCCCAGGCCUCCAAUUUUGGCCCAAUGAAGAACAACUUUGGUGGUGGUGGCGGCGGCGGAGGAGUUGGCCGGAACUUCGGAGGUGGAGGUGGUGGAAGUAGUGGCGGUGGCAGCAGCUAUGGCGGCGGCUCAAACAAUGGUGGAUAUGGCCGUUCAGGACGUUUUUGAAGUGGACUGAGUACUUAGGAGAGGAGAGCAAGGAGAGGAGAGCAAGCGAAUUGACAGGGCAGCUGCAGGUUUACCUCCUAAAUCUGCUCAGCCAAACAGUUGUGGCAGGUUACAGCUGCUGCAAGAAGAUAUGUACAGUAGAUAAAUCAUGGAGGGUCUUCAUUUAAACGUUUUGUGUUUUUUCAUCGACUGUUUUUGGGAAAGCAAGCAUUCCAAUGAGGUUUUAUGUAGAUUGUUUUUCUUUAAAGUCUGGUUUUUAUUUGUAACUGCAUCCAAUCAAGCUGAAAUAAACACACUUCAGUUUUUUUACAAAGUC